UUGUUAGGCCUAAAUAAUUUGUGUACUUCCACUAAGGUGUGACCUGUCAAGCUGACAUUGGUGGAAAAUGAAUGAGUAUCCAGUGUUUUUUACUUUCACAUACAGACACACAUCUCUAGAUCAUGCUGUAUAUUGUACUGACUCACACUACUUUGUUUUAGGUUUGUGAACUUCACUUCACCGAAUCUGACAUCUGCCGCCAUACAGAAUGUUAUGAUGAAGUGAAAGGCACAAAGCUUUCUGUCAAGCUUUCAAGACCGAGGCUUAGAAAGGGUGCUGUCCCACCAGUGUUACCAGGCUGCCCAAGCUAUUUGUCUACUCCAUCCACCAGCUCUCGAGAAAUUGCAGAGGAAAGGAGAGCUAGAUUGGACAAUGAACAUCUUCUACAAGCAAUUAAAGACAGUAUAGUAACCAAAACAGCGUAUGAUUCGAGGAAGUUAUUUUCUACUUUUGAAGCAUUUCUGCAGUGCCUAAAAAGAGAAACCAUUCCCAGUGAAUGGACCAUUGUUAGGAGAAGUGACUGUGUCCUAUUUCUAUUGCUUACUGUAUUGCCUGCUCCACCUGUGUCUGUAUCUGUAGUAGUGACAAAUGAUUUGCAGUUGUCUGCCUAUCGAAGUAACACUGAGAUAAGAAAGAUAGGCAGUAGAAAAAUAUCACACAAACUUUCAAAUAUGAAUGAUUUGUUUACAGUAUUAGACAAAGUGAAAGAAUUAGUCAGUGCAAAAGAGAAUUCAUUAAAAAUCCAGUGCUUUCUUAUACAGGACAUUUUAAAUGACAUGUGCAGUUCUGUAGAUGAAGAAAAACAGAAACAAAUUCAAUUCUUAAGUGAGCAAGUUAAGUUGCUAUGUAGCUGUGAGGAAAACUAUAGGUUUAAUCCUCACUUUUCUAUAUUCUGUUGUAUCCUGCAUUCUAUCUCCCCUCAUGCCUAUAAAUUUUUGAGGUCAUCUGGCAAUCUUAUUCUUCCUCAUCCAAGAACUUUACAGAAAAUAUGUUCCUCAUAUACUAGUGGUCCUCAUAAUGAACAAAAUGAAGGUGCUAUGCUCCUGUAUAUUAAGGAAAGAUUUAAAUCUUUGCAGGAAAGUGAUUGUACCAUUUCAUUAAUGAUGGAUGAAAUUCAUAUUAAACCUUAUUUUGAUUACAAGGGAGGAAACAUUGUGGGGGCAGCAUUUGAUAGUGACAAGGCUGCUACUACAGCAUAUGUCUUUAUGGUACAAUCAUUGCUGUCUUCUUUUAAAGAAGUAGUGCGUGUCCUUCCAGUGCGAAACCUUGCAGCUGAAUAGUUAUUUUUGUAUGUGAAGAAAAUAUUAUGUGGCCUUUAUGACAUUGGUUUCAAAGUUAUUUGUGUAGUUAGUGACAACAAUGCUUUAAAUAGGAAAUCUAUGGCACUUUUUAGCUCACCUCCAAAACUCAGUAUAGUUUACCCACAUCCAGCUAAUCCAACUCAGCCACUAUUUUUUAUAAUUGAUUCUGUCCACAUCGUUAAGUGUAUUCGUAAUAAUUGGGUUAAUCAAAAGGACUCUCAAGUUUUGCUCAAAUAUCCACAGUUUGAUGGAAGCAGUGAUGAUUGUCAGGUGUUAAUGGCAUCUUUUGAAGCAUUGAGGCAGCUUCAUAAGAUUGAAUGUAAUGGUCUACUUAAGCACUCUUAUGGUCUUUCUUUGAAGUCUCUUUAUACAUCUUCACUUGAGAAACAGAAUGUGAGCCUUGUUUUGCAGGUAUUCAGUGAAUAUACAGCUGAAGCCGUUUCAACUGUAGGAGAACAGAAAAACUUGUUACAUUACCAGACCACUGCAGAAUUUAUUAAAAUUAUACUUACAUGGUGGAAAAUUGUAAAUGUUAAGACAGUUCACAAAGGUGUUCGACUAAAUGAUCUCUUCCAGUGCCCUCUGUCCUUAAGUAAUAAUGAUGAAAAAUUAGUUUUUUUGGAAAAGUUUCUUGUGUGGCUUGAUAAGUGGAAGGACUUAGGCCUGAAAAAUAAUACCCUUUCAAAAGAUACACAUAUAGCUCUGACACACACAACCUAUGGUUUGAUUGAGAUGGCAAGGUACUGUACUAAAGAGCUUGGUUUCACUUAUUUUUUGCCUGGAAAAAUUCAGACUGAUUCUCUGGAAGCAAGGUUUAGCAGUUACCGUUCAAUGGCUGGCUCUCAGUAUCUCAUAUCUGUGAGACAGAUUUUUGAAGUGGAAGCGAAGAUGAGGAUGCAGAACAUGUUACCACUCAUGUUGAAUUCAAGUACUUUUGGUAAACUGCCUGUUGCAGAAGGGUUCAUCUUCAAUUGUAAUGAUGACCCAAAGGGACUAUACAAACAGACUCUGAGUUUAUGGUUGACAUUAUGUAUUUGGAGGAAGAUUUCAGACAGACAGAAACAUACCUUCCAAUAUUAACAUAUUUAGCAGGGUAUUGUGUUCACAGUGUACUGAAGAAACAGCAGUGUGAGGUGUGCAGCAAAUACCUUCUCUUAGACAAAGAAAUGUGUCUGCAUGGUGAACAACAUCUUAGUUUAAUCAAAAAUUUGGACAGGGGUGGUCUGUUAUUCCCUCAGCCUGAUGCUGUGAAUGUUGUUAUUUACAAUUACAUUACUGUACAGAAAUUAAUAUCUGCCCCUAAUGAAAAAAAAUUUUUGUCAUCCAACAGUCAAAGGGUGCUUGUUCAAAAUAUAACCAUAAAUGCUGUUCAGAAGAAAAGUUUCUUCUUAACAGACUUUAUUUGCAGUAAUGGUCAUUCGGCAGAUGAAAUACUGAAGUUGUUAGUCAAAGCAUCCACCAACGCAUUAUUAAAUAAUUACAUUAAGAAAAAGAAUGACACCUUGACUGCUUCUUUUAAGAAACGGAAGCUUAGCACAUUUUAAUUUGCGUACAUUUUACAUGCUAGCACAUUUAUCAGAUGUCACAGAAAAUUUCUAUUAUGUCUCACACAUUCAGUUACACUGUAUUUGGUCCACUGAAAGCAGAGGCAGGUUCCAUAACCCAUAUUGGUGUAGUACCUUCAACUGAAUGCACACUAAUAGUCAUUUGGUCCAUAAAGCCUGUAAGUUGUGGAUAAUUUGCUUCCAACAGUUUCAAAUGUCAGAAGGUCACAACUUUUUCCAUCCAGACUAUUCAGCUGAAGUAAAUACUUUGUCCAGCACUAAUGGCUAGUUUCAAUCUCAUCAUUGUAAAAUUUUAUCAGUUUGUGUACACAUCCAUCUGUGCACCUGAUACUGGCCUAAGGUUGAAACUGGGCCAGUUUUUCCUAGUAAAGUUUUUAUGUCUUUCAGCUAUUCUGUUCACAAAUAUUUACAUCUUCCUUUCAAUUUGUUGAGCAUGUGCUGCCCAACAAGAAGAAAUCUGUUAAAGUAAUUCUGUAUUAAACCUCAUGUAAUUCAUUAUAACUAUGUAUGUAAUUAGUGGCUAUUAUUUUGGCAUGCAGACGUAUAAAACUUGCGAUAGAAUAUUAUAAUACUACAAAAGGGUUAGCCGAAAAUGGAUUUCUCCCAUUGUCCUGAAUCAGAAUGACACCAGGGUGUUUCCUAAUGUAGUUACUUCUCAUAAUAGCUGUUCAUCUAAAUUUUGAUACAAGCUGUCAGUAUUGUUGCAUAUGGGUAACAAUUAGUUAUCGCUUUGCAUAUAUUAUUUUACUGCGACGUAGUUACAUUCUAAUAGUUGCUUAUUCCACUCACAGUUUGGAAUAGUUUAAUAUCAGACACAGUAGUUGGUAUCCGUUCCCAAAUUUGCAUCUCAUCCAGACUGUGACCCUUAGUUUGUUACUUAUUGUGUUUUUUUUUUUAACUUAUGAAACCCCUUGGUAGUGUGACGCUGUGUGUCAGACUUGGACCGCACAUGUGUUUAAUAUGCUAGAAAAUUUCAUAACAGCACACACUUCGGUACUGAGUGAAAAGUGUGUUCUUGAACUGUUUCUGCCAGUAGCUGUAGAAUCUUGUGAUAUAGAAAAUCACUUCACAGCAUUAAAAUACAGCUUCAGUGUUCCAUACAGUCAGUUUAAUUGAAACAGUUUAUUCUAACAGGAAUAAUGUGAAAGGUGGUGUUUAUAUAGUAAGUAAGGAAAAGUUCUUCCCACCUAUAUAGAGGGAGAGUAUUCUUACAAACAUUAAGGAGUGUCAUGUUGCUGCAUUUUAUUUGAAUGUGUAGGACAUUAUAUCCUACACCAUUAAGUUUAAUUUGGAAUCAGUGUAAAAUUGUUACAGUUUUGAUUUAUGUUGUGCAUCUUUAGUUAAUCCCAGAGUUAGUUCCUCUGAUUUAUUUUGUUCACACUUCAGUUCAUUACAAGGAAAUUGGCCUACUUGUAGCUUAUGGCAGGGUUUUCAACAAAUGUUGCAUAGCUGUGCAGUAACAAUAUAAAAGAGUUCUUUCAGUUGUGGAUCAGGUAUUCAACUGUAAUGUGAGGUUAGUCUGAUAUGUUGUCAUACUCAGUAUUACCAUUUCUUAUUAGUUUCCAACGACUAGCUACAUUUUCACUUCGUUGAAUGUCCUUCAGUAGUGCCUCAUCCCAGUACACCUUUAUAUCAUGGUGCAUACAUUCCAAGAAAUGUUUGUUGCUCUAUUACUCUGUCUGAGUUAAUACUUUUGUCAGCAACAUAAGUCAUUGUUAGUCACAAUUAUUAAAUUUUAUAGACUGUAAGACUGGUAAUGUAACUUGUUAUACGCAUCUGACAUGUUUUGCAACUGUAAUUUUUCACAAAAUACAAUAUAUCACAUGUGUACAACUAAUCAAUCAUUCUGAAAGUAGAAUAGGCUUGCUGCCUUUUAAGAUGGAAAUCGUGAUCUAUUUCUGUAAUGGAACCAUGUUGUGCCCUGGAUUUUGUAACAGCAUUUUCAGGAAGUAGAUGUACAUAUGACUGACUUAAAUAAAUUAUAGUUCAUUACUUCUAGUGUUUUAUAGUCCUACAUUAACAUAAACUAUUAAUAAUUACAUCAUUUUAAGCAUGCUGAGUACUACCGUUCUCAUGUUACAGUAAUCUGUCUACAUAUUACAAAGAAUUUAACUUGAUGUAGUGGCAGUGAUUUCUGAUCCAUCCCUGGAGUUACUAAAGUGCAAAUGUGAAUUGUAGUAUCCCUUGUUCUGAAGUUUAAUACAAUUCUCAGUAUUGUAUACAGCAUUCCCUUUUUGUUUAUAGGAUAGCUUGAUUCCCUUAAUGAGUCACUGUCUCCUGCAGUAACGUAGGUAGACACUUAAUGAAAUUCUAUUACGAAAUACAGCUUGAAACAAUGGAACAAAUUAAUCUAGAAAUAGGUUAAAUUUAUUAGUGACAUUUUUAGCGUGACACAUUGUCUCAUUCCAACUGCUGCAAAUGUCUGCUGAAGAUAUGUGAACUGCAUUUCACUGCAGACGACAUUGAGAAAAUUACCAGUGCUUACGACCCAAAACUGGCAAACUCUUUACAGUUUACAGCACCUUUGGACCGUCCACGUUUAAAGAAACGUUCGUGAAAAUUGAUCGUAAAGGGUACUUGUAAUCAGUUUUCAGAUUAAUGUACAGAUGCUGUACCAUCAAAGUUGCCAGGAUGACCUACGUAUUUAUCUUCAAAACAAGCACCAGCUCGAGAAGAUCCAGAGAGUCGCGAACGUUUGGAGAACCAAGCACUUGAGAAAGUUAUUGAGCAGAGUGUGGAAUCACACAAAAAAUGAUGGAGAAGAGUUCAUUUGCUAGUUUAGAAGAUUUUAAAUCAAAAUUAUCUGAUUGUGAAAAGCACAGUGACUGGGUCACGGUAACCAAAUCAAAUAAUUUGUGUCUUGUGUUAAAGGAUGCUCCUUAUCUAAGUGUUGUGUGUCAUGUCGUUAUAAAUAGUGAUUUAGUGUUAAGUGCAUUUGAUUUAAUAGUCCAACACAGAUUAGGUACGGGAGUGUUUCAAUGAUAUUAUGGUCAUUAGCUUAUUCUAUCAGUCCACAUGCAUAUAGGUUUUAGAGGAGUGCUAGUAAUUUUUCCAUUCCAAGUCCCAGUACUUUGUCAAAACUUUGCAGUAAACUUCCAACUAACCCAAUCAUUGAGCAUCAGAGUGAGCAGUUUCUCAGUUACAUACCACAAAAAGUUGGUGCUUUAUCUGUGAAUGAUAAAACUGUCCUGUUGAUGGAUGAGAUUUGUUUAAAGUCACAACUUGACUAUAAAGGUGGCAAUGUUGUAGGUGGUGCUUUUAACACAGAUGUGGUUUUGUGUGCAACUAGUGCUUAUGUUUUUAUGAUCCAGAGUAUGGAUUCAGUGCACAAAGAUGUGGUGCAUACUCUCCCAGUUUACACAAUUCAAUUGAACUAGAAGCAGUGGGAUUUCAGGUAAUAGUAGUAGUAGCUGACAAUAAUGCUAUUAAUAAGAAAGCUAUUUCAUACUUUUCUUCCCCCCCCCCCCCCCCCUCCCUCCUAGUGUACAGAUAAAAUAUGUUCAUCCUGAGCAGACUUCUGCAGACCGCCCACUUUACUAUUUUGUGGAUACUGUACACAUUUUAAAAUGUAAACGGAACAACUGGGGUAAUGAAAAGGACCAAAUUAUUUGCCUUCCUUCUUUUAGUGAUAGCUUGAAGGUAGGUCUUGCUUCUGUUACAGCACUGAAGGAACUAUAUUUACUAGAAAAAGGUGAACUGUUGCAGUAUGGCAGCACUUUAACACUUAAGUCACUAUAUCCAAAUUCUUUUGAACGGCAAAAUGUGAAAUUAGCAUUGCGUAUUUUUAAUAACACGACAGUUGUUGCAAUGCAACAACUAGGCGCAAGAAAGAAAUUGAAAACUGGGAGAGUACUGCCACAUUUGUAAAAAUAAUAAGUCAGUGGUUUGAUAUUAAAUGUUGAAACGCUGCUGAAGGGUAAAAGGCUAAGAAAUGUUUACCAAGAACAGAUUACUCUCAAUUCAAAACAUAUUCAUGUCUUUUUGAGAAACUUUCUCUCGUGGUUGUGUUCAUGGGAAGAUUGCAAUCGAGGAAAGAAAUUGACCAGAGAAACACACUUUGCUCUCAAACAUACUACUGCAGCCUUUAUUGAUUUUAGUGAAUACUGGCUGUGUGAGAAGAAGAGAACAUAUUUGCUCUUUGGGAAAAUACAGACAGACAGUUUGAAGGACAGGUUUGGGAAAUACCGCCUACUUAAUGGAAGAAGUUACCAUGUAUCACUAAGGCAGGUAUUUGAAACAGAAGGAAAAUUAAGGGCCCAGAGUAUGUUUUCUCUUGUAUUAAAGUCCAAAGUGUUUGGUGAUGUUGUUAGACCUAAUAAUAUUGAUGCUGCUUGUUGUAGAAUCCCAGGCUUUCAAGAUAUCGACAACCCAGAGCUGUUAAAUGUAGUAGUUGAUGAUAGUGAUGUUGAUGAAAUAGACGAAAACACUUGGCCAUUACUCCAUUAUAUUGCUCACACCAAGUGCAUCUAAAAUAAAUUGUCCAUAUUGUGUAGGGUUUGUAACAUCCGAAGAAACAAGACAAGCAGAUGAUUUGAUAAUGGCAAAUGACAGGGGAGGUUUAACAUACCCUAGCAGUGAUGUAGUCACAUGUGUUUCCUAUGUAUACUUAACACUGCAAAAAAUUCUUAAAGAAAAGGAAAAAUUUGUUCCUGCAACAAGUAAAUCAAAGAAAUGUGCUUGUGGAAGAAGCAGCCAUUAAUGUGCCAAAAGACUUACUUCUUGGUUUCCAUUGUUUAAAAGGUCACACUCUUGAAUCUAUCAUACAUUGUAUAUUGACUUGCAGUGCAAAUAUUUUACUAAACAACUUUGUAAAACGAAUAAAUGAUGUGUGUGUGACAAAAGAUGUAAGUAUUUACAAAAGAAUGAAAAAGUCUUGACAUCUGACUCCUUGUCACAAAAAAUUGUGAAAUAAAUGUUUUCUGGAAAUUUA